AUGGCAACCAUUUACCAUCUCAUUCUUCUAUCCAUCUUUCUCUUAUCACCAUUCUCCAAAGCUGAAGGUGAAAGACUAUGCAUUGAUAAUGUCAGGGUGUUCCAAAAGAGCAGUGGAUUUGGAGCAGGACAUGUUCCAGAGUACACAGUGACAAUCAGCAACAUAGGACAAGAACCAGUGUCUGGAGUUCAUGUUUCAUGUGGAGAAUUCUCAUCUGCAAGCUUGAUAAACCCUGAGAUUUUUCAGAGGCUCAACCUUGGAGAUUGCUUGGUUAAGGAUGGUGAAGUAAUAGAUAUGGCUGAAGUUGUUUCUUUUACUUACACUAACUUUCCUCCUUAUGAACUCAUUGUUUCUGCUGCUCAUUGCCUUGACAAUAACUAG